AUGACAACCCAACAACCCCCCCGAAGCUUCACAGCCCACCUCCUCUCCUCCUUCACAUCCCCCAUCUCCUCUCUCCCAACGCCCACCCCAGAUCCCAUCUACAAGCCCGCAGAGGUGCCCCUGAUCAAGAAUGCAAAGAGAUUGACUACCACACGGACCAAGCAGCUCAUGCGCGCUGCGGAACGGGCACAUGAUGAUCCGCCACCUCCGCCGGGGCUGGGCGAGUGCUGUGGGAGCUCGUGUGAUCCGUGCGUGACUGAUCUGUGGAGAGAGGAACUGGCAUGUUGGAGGGAGCGUUGGGGGGAAGGGGCUGUGGAGAAGAAGGAGGAGGAGGAGGAGGAUGGGGAUGAUAGUAACAGGGAUGGGAUUGGGGAGAAGGGAAGAGGGAGGUGUAUGCCUGGGAGUUUCGAGUGGUGA